AUGAGUUACGCAAAGAAAGACGAGGAUGCCGACCACUCCAGUUUCAAGCUGGAUCGGACCUCUGUUUUCCAAGAUGCACGACUCUUCAAUUCCUCACCUAUAUCUCCUCGAAAAUGCCGGACUCUCCUCACCAAAAUCGGUGUACUUCUCUUCACCGGCGAGAAGUUCCCUACCAACGAAGCCACCACCCUUUUCUUUGGUAUUUCGAAACUCUUCCAGAACAAGGACCCUUCUCUCCGCCAAAUGGUCUAUUUGAUCCUCAAGGAGCUAGCUGGCACAGCCCAGGAUGUCAUCAUGUCCACGAGCAUCAUAAUGAAAGAUAUGACCGUCGGGAGCGAAAUUGUUUACAAGGCAAACUCGAUCCGUGCUCUCUGCAGGAUCAUCGACGCGACCACCGUCCAGGGCAUUGAACGAUUGAUCAAAACCGCCAUCGUCGAUAAAUCGCCCGCUGUUUCCUCAGCCGCCCUGGUCUCCUCGUAUCAACUCCUCCCAAUUGCAAAAGAUGUGGUCCGAAGAUGGCAGAGCGAAACUCAGGAGGCCGCCUCCUCCUCUAAGUCAGGCGGAGGCUUCCUCAGUUUCUCCACGAGUUCCCAGCACUCACUCGCAACGGCGAACACCAACUACAUGAAUCAAUACCACGCGAUCGGCCUUCUCUAUCAAAUGAGGUCCCAUGACAGAAUGGCAUUGGUCAAGAUGGUCCAACAGUACGGAGCUGCUGGGGCGGUUAAAUCCCCUGCCGGUAUGAUGAUGUUGGUGCGGCUCGCAGCUAGGCUUGCCGAGGAGGACCCAAGCUUGAGAAAGCAAAUGACACAGAUGCUUGAUGCUUGGUUGCGACAUAAGAGCGAGAUGGUCAACUUUGAGGCUGCUAAAGCCAUCUGCGCUCUAAGAGAUGUCACAGAUGCUGAAGCUGCACAGGCCAUUCAUGUUCUUCAGUCAUUUUUGACCUCUCCCAGAGCCGUGACGAAAUUUGCAGCAAUUCGCAUUCUCCAUACUUUCGCCUCCUUCAAACCAAAAGCUGUUCAUUCUGCUAAUCCCGACAUCGAAGCUCUCAUCUCCAAUAGCAACCGAUCAAUUGCUACUUUCGCUAUCACCACUCUGCUCAAGACUGGUAAUGAAGCUAGUGUGGACCGCCUCAUGAAGCAAAUUUCAAGCUUUAUGGCCGAGAUCACUGACGAAUUCAAGAUCACGAUAGUAGAAGCAAUCCGGACCCUUUGCAUGAAAUUUCCCAACAAACAGGCGGGUAUGCUGACUUUCUUGAGCGGAAUUUUGAGGGAUGAAGGCGGCUAUGAAUUCAAACGCGCUGUGGUCGAGAGCAUGUUCGAUUUGAUAAAAUUCGUGCCUGGUAGCAAGGAGGAAACAUUAUCCCACCUUUGCGAAUUCAUCGAGGAUUGUGAAUUUACGAAACUGGCGGUUCGAAUCUUGCAUCUCAUCGGUACGGAAGGUCCUAAAACUCCCCAGCCAACAAAGUAUAUUCGAUAUAUCUACAACAGAGUUGUCCUGGAAAACGCGCUCGUAAGAGCAGCUGCAGUCACCGCACUCGCAAAAUUUGGCGUGGGACAAAAGGAUCCUGAUGUCAAGAAGAGCGUUGAGGUGCUCCUGACAAGAUGUCUGGAUGACACGGAUGAUGAGGUCAGGGAUCGAGCUGCGUUGAAUCUUCGACUAAUGCAAGAAGAGGAUGACAUUGCUGAACGCUUCAUUAAGAAUGACUCGAUGUUUUCCUUAUCAACCUUCGAGCACAAGCUUGUUAUGUAUGUGACUUCGGAUGAUAAGUCCGUGUUUGCAAGUGCAUUCGACAUCAAGACAGUUCCUGUUGUCUCUCAAGAGCAAGCCCUUGCAGAGGAACGAACAAAGAAACUCACCACAGCAACUCCUACCAUCAAAGCACCGUCGACCGGACCGGCGAAACCAAAGGCAAACGGACUUGCGGAAGCCCCAAGCGCUGCUGCUGCAGCACAAAAAUAUACCCAGAUUUUCUCCAGAAUCCCCGAGUUGGCUGCCUACGGUCCAGUCUUAAAAUCCAGUCAAGUGGUUGAGUUAACGGAGAGUGAGACUGAAUAUGUUGUUUCAGUUGUCAAACAUGUCUUCAAGGAGCACGUUGUGCUUCAGUAUGAUAUCAAGAAUACGAUGGACCAAACUGUCCUCGAGAACGUCACUAUUUUGGCAUCACCUUCGGACGAGGAUGAGCCAACUCUAGAAGAAGAAUAUAUCAUCCCUGCACCGGCAUUGAAAACAAAUGAACCUGGCGUUGCAUAUGUGGCCUUCAAGAAAUUGGGCGGUGAACAAGCCUUCCCGACUACUACUUUCACCAAUGUUCUCAAAUUCACGAGCAAGGAAAUUGACCCCAACACCGGCGAGGCGGAAGAAGGUGGUUAUGAAGACGAGUAUGAAGUCGAAAACCUGGAAUUGACAGGCGCCGACUUUGUGAUGCCUGCCUUUGCAGGUAGCUUCGAUCACGUGUGGGAAGGAACCGGUGCAAAUGGUGAAGAAGCAAGUGAAACGCUACAACUAUCCACAAUCAAGAGCUUGGCAGAUGCGACCGAACAAUUGGCGAAAACCCUUUCUCUUCAACCUCUAGAAGGUACAGACGUCGCUCUGUCCAAUACAACACAUACUCUCAAAUUAUACGGCAAAUCCGUCUCUGGAGGACGAGUAGCGGCGUUGGUGAAGAUGGUGUAUACAGCAAAAUCAGGUGUAACGGUCAAAGUGAGCGCAAGGACGGACGAGGCCGAGCUUGCAAGCGCAGUGAUCAACGCAUUGGCUUAG